GAGAGAGAGAGAGAGAGAGACAGAGAGAUUGAGAGAGAGAGAGAGAGAGAGAGAUUGAGAYASASAGASAGACAAAGAGAGAGAGCGAUACCCCGGGGGCAUAACUCAGACACUGAAACAGUCAUCACCUUCCAAGGACCAGAACAGCACAAGUUGGAAAAGAGGCUAAUUCAAACUUGAAAAUAUAAACUUUAAGGUUAUCCUGACACCAGGAAAGGACUGAGGACUCUAUUCAUACUUGUCCCCAAGGAGACGACAAGGACAGCCCAAGGACAGACACACAGCAGCAUCAGGAGGAGGUGAGAGAGACUACAGACUAACUGACCAUGGCGUCGUUCGAACCUCAGGGUCAGUCUCCUCCUUGCUGUGGCCCCCAGUUCCCCAGCCUGGGCCAGGAACCUCCAGAACUCAGCAUGUACAGUGACUGCUACUACCCCCCUCCAUCGCUCCCCAGCCCCCAGCGCACCACCCCCACCUCCUAUGACUACAGCACCUCCUCCCCCAACCCUUACCUGUGGUUCAACGGAUCCGGCAUCAACGCACCCCCAUACCUGGCCACCACCGGGCCCCCAGGUAACCCCGGGCCACCCUUCGUUCCCCAGCACUAUGGGAUGCAGAGGCCUUACCUGGGGCCCGGCGGGGCGGGGGUCCCUGGGGGGGAGCUGGGCUGGUUCUCUCUGCCCUCACAGGAAGACCUGAUGAAGCUGGUCCGCCCGCCCUACUCCUACUCCGCUCUCAUCGCCAUGGCGAUCCACGGCGCCCCGGAGCGGCGGCUGACCCUGAGUCAGAUCUACCAGUACGUGGCCGAUAACUUCCCCUUCUACAACAAGAGCAAGGCUGGCUGGCAGAACUCCAUCAGGCACAACCUGUCACUCAACGACUGCUUUAAGAAGGUCCCCAGAGACGAGGACGACCCUGGUAAGGGUAACUAUUGGACACUAGACCCAAACUGUGAGAAGAUGUUUGACAAUGGAAACUUCCGUCGUAAAAGGAAGAGGAAGUCUGAUUCACUGUCUGGAGGAGAGGGGGGGUCAGGGGGGUCGGAGCCAGGUGACCCCAACAACCGGGGUAGCCCCGAACCCCCCAGCAACCACGGGAUCGACAUGUCUCCCACGCCAGAGAGAAUCCCCUCCCCUUCCUCCUCAGGUACCGCCCCUUGCCUGAGCAGCUUCCUGUCUGAGAUGUCUGGAGUGGUGUCAGGGGGAGCCAAUGAGAUCGUAGGAGAUUCGCUGAACCGGGCCCUCCCCAUAACCCUUACCCUGGAUGGGACCCAGAGGCCUACACAGCCUGGGGGUUUUGGUAGUUACUGCCCUAGCUCAGGUGCUUCGGAGUGGGCUUCCCAGCUGCCGCCUCCCCCUGGCCUCUCCUCCUCGCCCACCCACUCUUCCCUGGGUUACAGCAGCCCCAUCCUCAGCCAGUUCAAUGGGCAUUUCUACCCCGGCUUGGGCUCAGCAAGCAUCCUAUACCCACGGGAAGGCACAGAGGUCUGAACAGACUGAUAGAGGGGGAGACAGGGAUGGGCAGAACUUAGCUAGAGGUCUAAAGACACUAAAGAAAGGAGAGUGAGAAAGAGAGACAGGAUUCUACCUGAGACUGAACCGUCUGCUGACACACACAUACACACACAGUAAUCAGUUAAAGCUGACAGGGCGGGACUCAGUUGCGUGUGACAGCAGGAUGAGCAGGGCCUGGUUCCCACAGAAACAGCCAAGUCAGCAUCGAUGAUGCUUCACGCACACACACAUG